ACUUCCGGGUACUGGUGGUGAAGAUCCGGAGUGAAGAUCCGGAGUGGAAUAAGCAAGUCUGUCCGCAUGUACAACAAGAUCUACGCCAUCCCUCUGGAGAUCAUGCAGGGCACAGGAGAGGAGGUGUUCAACCACGAUUUCCAGUGCAUCUCAGAUUUUCUGGACAACAUGGGGGUGAAGAAUACUCACCUCCCGCUUGGUUUUACCUUCUCCUUCCCCUGCAGACAGACAGGAAUCGAUAAGGUAAAAGUAGAAUCGUCAUGAUAAAGAUCAGCAACCUUAAUGCCAAAGAAUGGCAGUUAUUUCAAUGUCCUGUCUGCUUAAUCAGGGUAAGACAUUACAUUAUUUUUCGAGUAUGUAACAGCUCUCCAUUGUAAUACUUCCUUCCUUAGGGAAGUUUGGUUAGCUAGACCAAAAGGGUUCAAAGCCACAGACUGUGAAGGAAGUGAUGUGGUGGAAAUGCUGCGAGAAGCUUAUAAGAACAAGGAAUGUGAGUGAAAUGGAACAAGCCCUACUGUGCUCUGUAAUAGCUAGUCUGGAUGGAAAUAACUAUACUAUCGCCAAUUUUAAAAGUAUCCAUAGGCCAAAUGUAAUAUUUUGUUUCCAGUAGCAAUUUGAGCUCGAUAUUCUUGCUGUGGUGAAUGACACAGCGUGCACAAUGAUGUGUUCAUAUGAAGACCCCAAGUGUGAGAUGGGACUCAUUGCUGGUAUGUAGGUUCUAGCUAUUCUCAUCCUGGUGAUUUUAUACUGCACUACACUAACAAAACAGUGAGAUGUGUAUGAUCUCAGAGUGAAAUGCUGCCCCCUAGGGACGAGGAGUAACGUGUGUUACAUGGAGGAAAUGAGAAACAUGGAGAUGGUGGAGUGGAACAAGGGAUGGACGUGUGUAAACACAGAGUGGGUCGGUUUAGGGGAG